CGUUGCCAUGGCGCCGGUCGCCAAAGUGGAACCCGUGGACCCCCAGCACCAACAGCACGCCCUCUGUGCGCUCACGGCCCAGCUGGGCGCUCCCCCAACUGAGGGCACAGAGCCGCGGGCACGCGGGACAGUCAGAGCGAAGCAAUGGGGGCAUCGAAGACCGUAACACGGACGUGGCCGAGGCCGCAGCCCGAGGCCGCGGCACGGCCAGGGCGCGUCUUCCACAGCACGCUGCUCUUUUACUGGAGGAGGCUGGAGCGCAGACACGGACGACGCAGGUCGGGCACAGGCCGUGGAACGAGGCCCAGGGGCGCGGCCAGGACUCGGGCCUCCGGUUCCGCGCACACCCCGACCCGGGUCUCCGACGCGUCCUUAGCCCGGACCCCUGUCUCUGCCGCUUCCCGGGCGCAGACCAAUGCCCCCAGCCCCGCCUCCAUGCCGGAUACCGCCCCGGGCCCCGCCCCCACCCCCGGCCCCGGCUCAGCCCCAGCGCCCGCGCCCGCGGCGCGCGCGCCCGGCUCCUGUGGCCGCGCCCUGGCGGCGGCGCGCGCGCUGGCCUGGAGGCCGACUUGGAAGCCCAUCUGGAGGCCGACCUGGCCCGGCAGGCAUUGCGCGGGCAACAUGGCGGCGCCCGGCGAGCGGGGGAGUUUCGGCGGUGGGAACCUAUUCUCCUUCCUACCCGGCGGCGCGCGCUCCGAGGUGAUGGACGACCUGGUGACGGACGCGCGCGGCCGGGGCGCGGGGCGGAGAGAUUCCGCCUCUUCGGCCCGGACGCCAUCCCAGGCGCCGGCCUCCGAUUCUCAGGUCGCCGAGGACGCCUCCCGGAGGCUGCCCUGCCGGGCCUGCGUGGACUUCAAGUCGUGGAUGCGGACACAGCAGAAGCGGGACAGCAAGUUUAGGGAAGAUUGUCCUCCGGAUCGCGAGGAACUGGGCCGCCACAGCUGGUCUGUCCUCCAUACCCUGGCGGCCUACUAUCCCGACCUGCCCACCCCAGAACAGCAGCAAGAUAUGGCUCAGUUCAUACAUUUAUUUUCCAAGUUUUACCCGUGUGAGGAGUGUGCUGAAGACAUAAGGAAAAGGCACUCAGGAAAGGGCCCUGUACAGAGGAGUGGGGUCAUGUCGGUCUGUCCACCCACGUGGCUACGGCAAAGGCUGAGCCCAGUGUCCACCUGCCCUGCUGACUCCUGACUACUUGUGAGUGGCCGUGGGGGACUCAGCCCCUUGACCCCGCCUCCUGAUGGGGACCUGGCGGAUGGUCUCCAUCUCGGACCCUGGUCUUGCGGUGAGAGUGGGUGGGGUGGGGUGGAAGGUGGGCAAGGUGGAGGGAGGUGAGUGCUCCAGCCCUGCGCGCGUGGACCAGAGGGAGGGGUGUAGGCUCGGUCCCGCCCCGCGCGCCCCCGCCGCGGCCGGCGCGCACUCCCGGAAGGCGGCGACGGCAGCGGCAGCACUGGCAGCAUCGGCAGCAGCCCCGGGCGGCCUCGGGUGGGGUCGGCCCGACGGACAGAAGGACAGAGGGCGCCGGGGACACGCGGCCCGCCCGGGCUGGCCAUGGAGGGAGCCUCGUUCGGCGCGGGACGCGCAGGGGCCACCCUGGACCCUGUGAGCUUCGCGCGGCGGCCCCAGA